AUAAAAUGGAGCUUAAGGUCCCUACUCCUUCCAAACCCACCAAUUCCCAUACAAAAUCCUCAAAAUCCUCCAGCAGCCACUCAGGAUCCGACCCGCCAAGAGGGAGAUCUAUCUUCACUGAAGAAGAGAAUAGGCAUAAUGUUAAAGAUGAAGAUACCCUGGACUUAAUGAAGAGUAUCAGGUCUUUCAAGCCUGAUGAUAUCCAUGUGAGCAAAGAAGUAAUUAUUGGAGAUAUUAAUGCCACGAUUAAAAUUACAUCAAUCGACUUAGACAAAGAGCUCCUUGAUCCUCAUGACAGUCGUGAUUUUAAGCGACACAGUGGAAUGUCUCAGAACUCUGAAUACAGCUCGAAUUCCUCGAACAGCGAGGGCUGGCUUGAAGAAUGUAAAGCCUACACAAUGGCAAAAUCAGUAGCUCAGGACCAAAUGAACGAACUCAUAGAAGAACUUAAGAGAAAAGAGCAACAAGAUCACCAGAAAAAAGAUGAGAUAGUCUGGAGUGAAUCCAAAAUAGAUGAUGAGUCAAGUGAUGAGAGCCCUGAGAAUAAUGAUCUUGAAGAGUUUAAAUGUCAAGAGCUCGGCAUCUCUUCCUUCUCUACAACAUUUUUGUUCGUUAAUAAGUUCAUUAAGAAUCUUAAACGCCAUGUACGGAACAACAGAAUGAAACGAAACGUAGUUGAUGAGAUCAUAAAAACUGAGAUUUCUUACCAAAAAGGACUCAAAUGGCUCAAUAAAUGGAAGAAAGAACUUGUGGAAAAGAACCUGACUACUGAGAAGGACUCAGAGAUUAUCUUCAGUAACAUCGAUACGAUCCUUCAGAUCAGUGAAGCAUUCCUGGAGCUUGCCCAGAAGAGGUUCGACACAUGGACUUCUAAGAGCUGUAUUGGAGAUGUAUUCCAACAGAUAACUCCUUACUUCAAGAUGUAUAUCAAUUACUGAAGUAAUUAUACAGAAGCGUCUGAGUUCUUUAAGGAAAAGUAUAAUAGGGAGAGAUAUUUCUUUAAAUAAAUAUGUAGACAAACAGCAGAAAAAGGCAGGCCAGAUCUUCGAAUCAUUCAUGAUUACACCAAUCCAGCGGCUACCGAGAUAUGAGAUGUUGAUAAGCCAAGCAUUGAAGUACACCAAUAAAAACCAUCAUGACUAUAAGGAGCUAGAACAUGCUUUAAAGCUAGUAAAAGAAGUUAACGUUAAAAAUAAUGAAUCAAUGGGAAAAUCUACUUUAACAAAAAGGAAAUUAGUCCUUAAUGAGCUUUGCAGAGGGAAUAUCAACUUGAUGAAGUCCCACAGAAAAUUACUUGCAGAAUAUGAGGAGCUAAAGUACUUAGAUUACGAUAAACAACGGCUCAAGCAAUGCUUCAUUGCUUUAUUUACAGAUUGUAUUGUAGUUUUCGCAAGUCAUAAUUUUCUGUACCAAAUCGGAUAUUAUACGCAUGUUUCAUUCAAUGAGCUAUCUUAUGCUGUAGACAUCACAGACACUGAGUCUUGUCAAAACUUGUUUGUGAUAUCUGGGAGGAAGCAUAAAAAGCUAACUCUCUCUGCUAAAGAUCCCGAAUCAAAAGAGAAAAUAAUCCUUGCUGUGAACAGGCAAAUAACCGAUCUUACUAAAAACAUACAGAGCAAGAGGAAGUUCAUGAAGGAUCUCUCAGGUAAGAAACACAAGAAAGCCAAACGCGAGAUGGAUAAAAACAGAGACAAGAGCGAAUAGGCAUUAUAAUUCACCUCAAUAUUC